CGCAGACGCCUGGUCCCUCCGCCCUCCGCGUUCUCACCGGCCACCCACUCCGGGAGCCGGGCCGCGGGCCGCGGAGCACGAUGUCCUUCCAAGGCAAGAAGAGCCUGCCCCGGACCACGAGUGACCGCCUUCUGGUCAGAGGAGGGAAGAUCGUGAAUGAUGACCAGUCGUUCUAUGCUGACUUGUACGUGGAAGAUGGUUUGAUAAAGCAGAUCGGGGAAAACCUCAUCGUCCCCGGGGGCAUCAGAACGAUCGACGCCCACGGCCUGUUGGUCCUGCCCGGCGGCAUCGACGUGCACACCCGGCUGCAGGCGCCCGUGCUGGGCAUGGCCCCGGCUGACGACUUCUACCAGGGCACCAAGGCGGCCUUGGCGGGAGGGACCACCACGAUAAUGGACCACGUGUUCCCCGAGGCGGGCGUGGGCCUGCUGGCGGCCUACGAGCAGUGGCGGGAGCGAGCAGACAGCCUGGCCUGCUGCGACUACUCGCUGCACGUGGACGUUCCCCGCUGGCACGAGAGCAUCGAGGAGGAGCUCGAGGCCCUGGCCAAGGACAAGGGUGUGAACUCCUUCCUGCUCUUCAUGGCGUACAAGGACAGGUGCCAGUGUACGGACGGCCAGAUGUACGAGAUUUUCGGCAUCAUCCGAGACCUGGGGGCUGUGGCCCAAGUGCACGCCGAGAACGGGGACAUCGUGGAUGAGGAGCAAAAGCGGCUGCUGGAGCUCGGCAUCACCGGCCCUGAGGGCCAUGUGCUCAGCCACCCUGAGGAGGUGGAGGCUGAGGCUGUGUUCCGCGCCAUCACCAUCGCCAAGCAGGCCAACUGCCCUCUGUACGUGACCAAGGUGAUGAGCAGGGGGGCGGCCGACGUGCUGGCCCAGGCCAAGCGCAGAGGGGUGGUCGUAUUUGGGGAGCCCAUCACCGCCAGCCUGGGCACCGACGGCUCACACUACUGGAGCAAGAACUGGGCAAAAGCUGCGGCCUUUGUCACGUCACCCCCUGUCAGCCCCGACCCCUCCACUGCGGACCACCUCACCUCUCUGCUCUCCAGCGGUGACCUCCAGGUGACCGGCAGUGCCCACUGCACCUUCACCACCGCCCAGAAGGCCGUUGGCAAGGACAACUUCACCCUGAUCCCCGAGGGCACCAACGGCGUGGAGGAGCGGCUGUCUGUGGUGUGGGAGAAAUGCGUGGCCUCGGGGAAGAUGGACGAGAAUGCGUUCGUGGCCGUGACAAGUACAAAUGCUGCCAAGAUUUUCAACUUGUAUCCUCGGAAGGGGAGGGUGGCUGUGGGUUCCGAUGCCGACCUGGUCAUCUGGAACCCCAAGGCCACAAAAAUCAUCUCUGCCAAGAGCCACAACCUGAACGUGGAGUACAACAUCUUCGAGGGAGUCGAGUGCCGAGGGGCCCCCACGGUGGUGGUCAGCCAAGGCAGGGUCGUGCUGGAGGACGGGAACCUGUUCGUCACCCCCGGGGCCGGCCGCUUCCUUCCUCGGAAGACCUUCCCCGACUUCGUCUACAAGAGAAUCAAGGCGCGCAACAGGCUGGCGGAGAUCCACGGGGUGCCCCGAGGCCUGUAUGACGGGCCGGUGCACGAGGUGAGGGUUCCCGCCAAGCCCGGGGGCGGGGCCCAGGCCCGCGCGUCCUGCCCAGGCAAGAUCUUGGCCCCCCCUGUGCGCAACCUGCACCAGUCGGGGUUCAGUCUGUCCGGGUCUCAGGCUGAUGACCACGUCGCCCGGCGCACGGCCCAGAAGAUCAUGGCACCCCCCGGCGGCCGCUCCAACAUCACCUCCCUCUCCUAGAGGCCGGACGUGGGGCCCGGCGCGCGGUCCACGGGGCGGCCAGUCGGGCCUCGUACCCGCUCAGCACUGCUGGCUUCCCCAAACAGGUGUCCUCAGGGGUGCUCAGCCUCGCCGUCCCCUUCCCCAGAAACUUUCCUUUUGGGGUCCCAGGUCUUGCCAGAACAAGGCGGCAGAUUUGGGGAGAUUCCACUGCCAGGGUGAGGCAGGGAGAGCACGGGCAGCCCCGGCCUGGGUGCCAGGAGCCCAGACACCCGCUCAUCUGAGCACGAAAGCCAGGCGUGUCCACCAAGGGCUGUGGAAGCUUCCGGGGGCUUCGGGGCCUGGGCUGCACCCUGGGGGUGCAGGAACCUGCGAGGGGCGGAGGCCGGGGCCGGGGCUGCCCCGUCCCCGCUGUCACUGCCACUGGAAGCCCGAGGCCCCUCCCGCACCCGCGGCCUCCCGGGUGCGCCCCUCCUCUGCUUCCGGAACUGCCGCGACUUCAGGGACCUCGUGGGAACUUAGAGUAGUUGGCCCCCGGACAGGACUUCUGGUAGAGACUCGUUCACACACGUUUCCAAGGACCCAACCUCAGCGUUCUUAGCCCGUCUGCAGGGAGUUCCCGCGCCUUUAGAUGCGAUGCUUUCCUUUUACUGCAGAGCGAACCUCGCAGGGUCGUUAGUGUAGCAGCCUGUGCGGUGGGGACGGCUGCAGGCCGCCAUGCGCCCGGCCUGUGGACGCUCAGGCAUUAAAGACGCGUGCAC